AUGGCUACUAAAAAUUUGUCGUAUGAAUGCAUCGAUGCUUGGAAAAGCAAAAUAGAGAAGGAAGCAACUCGAAUUUACUGGAUCGGUAAUUACUAUGACAGUGAAGUAUACGACGAUACAGAAUUAAGUGCUGAGACGGUGGACAUUUUGGUGAAGAAGUGUGCAGAUGUGUUUGGAAGAUUUCAGCUGAAAGAUAAGCCAAUAGUGCUGUACUUACCCAAUGUUUUACAACUUCCCAUUGCUGUACUGGCUGCGCUUCGAAUAGGACUAACCGUUUUACCUAUUAAUGCCACGAACGAAAAUAUCGAGUGUUUACGUGAUAUAGUGAAAAGUAGUGGUGCGGACACUGUGGUAACAAUUGAUGGUUUCUGGAUGGGUACCCGAUUGGUCAGAACUAAAGAACUUCUGGAUGCAGCAAUUACCGAUAUUGCAAUACAACGUGUACUUGUCAUACGACACGUAAGCCCUGACGAAGGAAUACCACCGCCACAAGUGAAUUUAAUUAGCAGACGACCUUACUACAUGUACAAGGUUGCAAUGAAACAAAAACGAGAUUGGUGGUGGAGUGGAUUCUUCCCGAAAGCAUCCAAUUCUUGUGAGCCGAAAGCGAUUUCCAAUGAAUCUAUUACAUUACUUCUGCCUACCAUAAAUGCUUCUGCUGUGCUCUUGCUACCCAUUUCGUUGGAAAGACUUCAAACAGAAAUCACUCAUAUUCAACUCGCUCUACAUUCUGGUGAACACAGUCUAAUCAUUAGUACAAGAAAUAUUUUCCAUCAGAUUAUCUGUACUCUGGCAGCACUAAGAGUGGGUGCCAUACCGCUUAUUUAUGAAAGCGACAUUAAGCAUCCGGACCCGUCAAGAACUUCACAAAUCAUAUACACUUACAAAGUUAGUUCAUUAAAUUUAUCCUCUCAUCUGGUUUUGGAAAAGACAAAAGCCUUAGCUGAACCGCAUGACAGUUCUGCAACUUCGGUUUCGGAAACGAGGUCGCCAAAACUUAACACUGUUCAACUUGGAAUUUCAGGUAGCAAAACUUUUGAUGGCAGAAGAAGAUCUACAUCUGUUGAUGGAAUACAAACAGUAUGUAACCUUCUGGGAUUUGAAAACCCUCAAGGAAAUCCUGGUCCUUGGAAGUAA